GGAAAUAUAUUGUUUUCAAGAAAGAGUACAAGAGAGACCUAUUACAUUUGAAUGCUUACUUGUACUUGAUGAAGCUUCUGUACCCGACGACCUAAAUCUUCAAUCAGUUCGCGUUGUACGCAUCAGCUCAACGGUGAUGAAGAAACUCUCUGGUUUACAGUCCAUUGAUUCUAUUGAAAUGAUUGCGUUAAUGAAAAUACCCUCAACAUUUCACAGUGUUGAUGAUGAGUUUCUAGAGGAAGACUGCACUAGAUGGUUCCAGAAUGCUCAUCGAAUUCUAGUUCUUGAUGGAAUCCAGGACCCUGGUAAUCUUGGCACAUUACUUAGAUCAGCGAUGGCAUUUGGAUGGGGCGGUGCCUUUCUGCUAUCUGGCUGUUGCGAUCCAUUCAAUGAGAAGGCGCUUAGAGCUAGUCGAGGAGCUUCCUUUCAGCUCCCGUUAGUCUCUGGUGGUUGGCUCCACUUAGAUGCUCUAAGAAACCAUUAUAACAUGAAGAUGCUGGCCGGCCAUCCUGCAAAUGAUCAACGGCCAAGGAGAAUUUCUGGGCUAUCUCGAGCCUUUGCAGAUUCGUUAGCUGAUACGCCUCUGUGUUUGGUUUUGGGCAGUGAAGGAGGGGGCCUUUCCGAGAAAGCUAAGGAUGCAAGUGAGCUUGUGAGUAUUCCAAUGGCAGGAGAAUUCGAGUCUCUU